AUGAGCUCUGAGUUGCGCGAAGCGAGGGCCAAGAUCCCAAGCGACGCUAGCGUCGCUGAGCAUUUGACGUGCAGCCAGCUAGACAGCGUGGACGACUGGCUGCUCUCCGUUGCCGCCGACUUCUUGACGCAGGCAAAGGAGCGUUUGAGCGAGGGCUUUGCCCGGGUGUCUGCGACUUCAGUCGAGGUCGACGCAGUGCUGAAGAAGCUGCCUGACUUCGCAGACGAGGUUGCGUUUCGAGAAGCGGGCGUUCAAGUUGUGCAGAAAGUGGCAGGCCUCACGGCCAAGUUGGAGCAGGAGGCUUCUUCUCUGAAGGAGAACGCCAGUAGCGCAGAGGCUUGCAUGAAAGCGCGCUUCUCAGACAGAGCGCCCGAUGCUGCCCUCCUCCAGAGCUGCGGAGAAGCAGCGAAGCGCGUCAGCUCAGAGUUCCUCAAACAGACAAGCGGCCUGGUUGCUCGGGCAGGAUCUGUCGUGGCCUUAGUCGCGAACCUUUGUUUGCUGCGCAGCCCGGCGCUUCAAGCACCUUCGCCUUCGGCAGACAGCUUUGAGCAGCUCCGCGACGUCGUGAAGUCUUUGGUGGGGAAGCUGGGCAAGAUGAAGGAGAUAGCGAGCGACAGCGAUGAGUUUGACAAGGCUUUCUUGAGCUUUGCGGACGGGAUUGUGACCCAGUCCAAGCUUGUGCUGGCGCGGCAGAAGUCUGUGAAGCGUGGCUCAAAGAGAGCCGCCGGAGACGAAGCUGAGGAGGUCCUGGAAGCAGGCGAGUCAGCUUCAAUGCUGCCAAAGUCAAAGCUGUCAAAGAAAGAAGCGAAGGACGAAGUGACGAAAAAGGACAAGAGCGACAAGAAGAAAGAUAAGGACAAGGACAAGUCGGACAAGGUCCAGGAAAAGGCCAAGAGCAAGAAGAAGAAGAAGAAGGCUAAGGAGGACAGCGACACGGACGAGGAGGACGCGAGCGACAACGAGGCGCAGAAGAGCAAGAAGGCCAAGAAAGACAUCGGCGAAGAGAAGAAGGCCGGGCCGAAGGCGAAGGCGACUCCGAAAGCCGGCAGGGGUAGGGGAAGAGGCAGAGGCUAG